AAUCUCUGUUACUAAAUGCUUUCUGACCUUUGGACUUUGGAGCAGCCGGCCCACAAAGCAUAUAAUAUUCCCCUCGACAAAUGCCAUACAAAUAAGGACAAGCUCCUUGAACUUCCUCUCUUCAGAAAUUCCCCACAUUAAACCACUUGCCUUGAUUUCUCAGAAAUACCAAUACACAACAAACAACACGAUGGUUUGCCCAAUGCAACCUCACAUAUCCACAUCCGCAGUGAAGUUCAUUCCAAGACAAUCCAAAAACCAUAUAAAUCCAUUCUCAGCUGUUCACAAUAGAGAGAGAAGUUUAGCCAUAAGAGUCGAUACCUGCUGUAGAGACAUUUGACAAAAUGAGAAUAUGCUGAAAAACUUGGCCAAGAUCACGAAAUCACUAUAAAUUAGAUUGUCUCGGCCACGCUUCUUAGAUCAUCAAAUCUUGCCCAAUUACCACCUAACCAGUUCUCAUGGAUCCUCAUAGUCUCCUGAUUUCCUUUGCCCUCAUGGUGUUUUCAUUUAUCAUCUCUGCAUUGUUAUACGUGCUAAGUUCAAGGCGAACCUUGAGGGCCAUCCAAAAGAUACCAGGCUCCUUAGGUUGGCCCAUAAUAGGAGAGAGCUUGUCUUUCAUGGCAGAGUUUUCGACUCCAUCUGGUAUCCAUGCCUUCAUCCAAAAGAGGCAACAGAGGUACGGCAAGGUUUUCAAGACCAGCAUCCUAGGGCGGCUAACCGUCUUCAUGACUGGACGAGAAGCUAGCAAGAUCUUGCUGUCAGGGAAAGAUGGGUUAGUUAGCUUGAAUCUUUUCUACACAGGAAAGCAAGUUAUGGGACCUACUAGCUUGCUUCAAACCACUGGUGAGGAGCACAAAAGGCUUCGUAGACUAAUAGGAGAACCUCUCUGUUUGGAUGCUCUCAAGAAAUAUCUACCUUUCAUCGACUCUCUAGCUUCUGAUACACUGGACCAAUGGGCUGGACGGACUGUAUUUGUCCUCGAAGAAGCUUCAAGCUUCACGCUAAAGGUUAUUGGGCAUAUCAUAAUGAGCUUGGAGUCGCAUGGUGAGGAGCAAGAGAAUUUCAGAAACAACUUUAAGACUAUAUCUUCAGCUUUUGCUACCUUGCCUCUCAAAAUUCCAGGCUUUGCAUUCUACAAGGGCAUCAAGGCAAGGGAUCGUAUGUAUUCCAUGUUGGACAUUAUAAUUCACAAAAGGAGGUCCGGAGAGAAAAUCAGUGAUGAUUUUUUACAAUCACUGAUAACAAACUACAGCACCAGAACAGAAGAAGAUAGGCUCACAGAUUCACAGUUGAAAGACAACAUAUUGACUCUAUUAAUAGCAGGUCAUGAUACCACAACUGCAGCUCUUACCUGGGUGAUCAAAUUCCUAGAGGAAAAUCCAAUUGCCCUGCAAAAAGUUAGGGAAGAGCAUCAACAAAUAUGGGAAAGGAGGAGGGAUGGCAUCCCACAGCUCAGCUGGUCCGAAGUUAAUAACAUGCCUUAUACCAACAAAGUUAUCAAUGAAACAUUGAGGAUAGCAACAAUCCUGCCAUGGAACUCAAGGAAAGCAGCCCAAGACUUCGAAAUUGAUGGGUAUGAAAUCAAGAAGGGAUGGUCCAUAAACUUGGAUGUUGUCUCUGUGCACCACGAUCCCAACCUUUUUAUGGACCCCGAGAAAUUUGACCCAUCCAGAUUUGAUAAAUCGUUGAAACCUUUCAGCUUUCUUGGAUUUGGCGGCGGACCUCGUAUGUGUCCAGGAAUUAACUUGGCCAGACUUGAAAUUUCUGUUUUCAUCCAUCAACUACUUUGCAGAUACAAGUGGAAGCCACUGAGCAGAGACAACUCCUUGCAUCCCACACUAGUUCGCAUGCCAAAGAGCAAAUACCCGAUUGUUGUUGAGCCUUGUUGCCUUCCACAUAACCACAAUCCCGAAGGAAAACAAUAGGACAGCUCCCACAUAAAUCCAGAUUAGAUUACCAAAUUAAAAAAAAAACAGAAAAAAAAGGAAACUAUAGAGCAGAGAGAAUAAAACAGACAUUCUAUUCAUAUUCCCCAGGAGAACUUCAGUCUCUUACUACAACAACAACUAGGACUACUACCACCAU